CGGACUGUAUCUAAUCCAAUCUUUGGUUCUUAUAUUUUCUAAAAGACCGGAUUGGACCAGAUCAAUUUGGACCUAUUUAACCGGACCGGACCGUAUAGCCACCCCUACAUUGGUGGAUUGGAUUGAUAAAUCCAUGGAUCAAGUGGAUUGACUCAAAUGGAUUGGUGUAUUCAUGGAUUCGAUCAUAUGGAUUGGUGAAUUGAUCCAUUGACCCAAAUGACAUCCAAUUCUUGGACCAAAAUGUAAAUUUUGAAAAGUUUAGGUACUUAAAAUGCCAUAAUAAAAAAAUUUAGGUACCAAAACAUAAUUUUCAAGGAUAUUUUUCGUAUAACAAAUAAAUUUUGGGUACCAAAAUGUAAAUUAUAAAAAUAUAGAUAUUAAACUGUAAUUUGUCAUUUGGAUCCAUGGAUCAAUCUAUGAAUCCACCAAUCCGAUUGGAUUUGGAUUUAAAUGGAUUAGAUAAGUUUGAUAUUUAAGGGUUAAUAAAUUAUUUUUGCCCAAACUAUACCCAAACAUUUUACUUUGGCCUGUGGUUUAUGAAAUUGCUCUCAUGACCCGAACUAUGCAUCAUAUAUACUUCCUUGUUUGGCCCGGAGCAGAUUUUGACCGUCAAAUUGGACGGUCAAAUACAUUGAUUGUGAGUCAAGCGCCAUGUCACUUGCCAUGUCAGGGAACCAAAAAUAAAAUAAAAAAUUGGAUUUUCAGAUUUUGAAUUAACUUUCAUUAUUCGAAUAUUUUCUAUGAAUUGUAUUAACCGGAUAUAUUUUUUUAUUUUGUUUAUUUUUAGCUUUAGUUCUCUAUUAUUUUAUAACGAACUGUGUCACCGAUUUCAUGCUAGUAACUGGUCCUUGACAUUUUCUAGCUCCACCAUUUAAUUUAGUCAAUGUAGUUAAAGUUGCGAUUUAAAACUUAAAAGUUUACAGUUUUAUAAUUCUUGAUCACCAAAGCACUUCUACAUAGAAUUGCACUUUUCACUUACAAGUGCGGUCAAAAUAUACGAUUUAAAGGUAUGUUUUUCUGCUUCUGGGUCACCAAAAUAAAUCACGAUUUUGACUGUAUUGUCAUCAAGAUGAUCUAUAAAACCCUCCUUAUUAGUAGUGAUACGAUUCUUACCACUAUGAUUAGUAACAUCCAUCCUAUAUACUAUUUGUUUAAUUUAAAAUACAAAGAAAAUUUGAUGCCAUCAAGAGCCGGAUUAGACUCACCCUGGAUUUUUCAGUUUCAGCCAUUGACAAUCCCUCAAAAUUAGACGACAAAAGCUGCCGAAAACAAUCCGGAGAUACUGUACUUCCAAGUAACGUACGAGCUAUAGCCACAAAAUACAAGUGCAAAGACACAGAGGCGUACGGGCCAAUAUCCCUAUAAUUAAUCCUCAUUCACCUUUUCAUUAUAUACACACCCUAUCUUUCUUCUCAAAAAACAAUUACAGUAUUCACUAAUUUAACGAUAUAUAAUGACGACGAGGGAGCAGCUGGUUACGAUCCGCUUACUAGCGACGGUCGUUUUAGCGACGAUACUACUAGUGCAAGAUUCUACGGCAAUGGUAACGAUUCAUGUUACGAACAAGCUGAGCAGCAAGAUACUGAUAGUGCAUUGUGAAUCGAAAGAAGACGAUCUCAGAGCGCACACCGUGGAGAUCGACGACGACUUCGAGUGGAGUUUCGAGCCGAACGUCUUCUUCACGACGCUUUACUCGUGCAAUUUGAGGGUGGAAGGUAGGCGGCUUUCUUUCGCAGCGUAUGAUCAAGGGAGCGACGGAGCUAAAUACCAUUACUGGGUUGUCUAUGAUCGUGGGCUUUAUGGGAAGAGAAGCAGUACCGGCGGGGAAAGGUUGAUGGGUAAAUGGAACUGAAAUUUUGGGUACGGUUGGUGGCUAGGGUUGAUGAAUUAGUCAGUCUAGCUAGUGAUUAAUGAGUUACGGCCAAUGUUUGUGAAACGAAUAUCCUACGUCCGUAUCUUUCAAAUAUACUGUUGAAAGGGUAUAUGUAAGGGAAAUAUGUCUCUUUGAAGAAAAUAUAUGAUACAAUGAAUGAUUAAAAUGUGGGUUUUCACCAUGUAAAUUUAUAAGUUUGCGCCAUAUAUAUAUAUCCCAUUCCCCUCGACUAGCUCUAGCUGCAUGUUGCUUGAUCAAGCAGAGGCAAGAAGAAAUCAGGUGCAAUAUCCAAUAAUGAAGGACCCUCAGCUCUUGGGAUUAGUGCAAAACUUGGGAUAUUGUAGGAGAUAAAAAAAAACUCAACAAACUAGUUUCCACCAGCUUAAGCUAUAUAUUAGUACUAAGUGGAUUCAUUUGUUCGUUAACACGGUAUCAGAACUUUUGAUUGAGAGGUUGUGAUUUUGAAUCCUUAUGGCGAACCCAAUAUAAACAAUAUAUAGUUUAGCGCAAGGGAUAAUAUGUUGUGCAAAAUGCAAACCGAAAGUCUAAUGGUUUAGCAAUACAAGGAAUUAUAUGUUCAACCUGUGUAAACUGUUGAUGUGACUUGAAUCAGACUAUCAGCCGCUACGACUGGUAAUCGGGGGUCUCGCUGUACCAGAUCCAGACGUAGCUAACCGUUUCCUUUGCCAGAUUGGAUUAGGUUUAGACCCACAUGGAGAAGUACUAUAAAUACUUCUCAUACUCCUCUGUAAUCUGUAAUCUCCUUGAUAUAGUGAAACUGGCUCUCUCUCGCCCGUGGACGUAGGUAACACACAUCAUGUUAGUGAACCACGUAAAUCGUGUGUCUGUGUUUUUCGAUUCUCGCUUUCGUAUUCUUGCUUUAUCGAUUCCGGCGAUUUCCCGAUCCGUAGCAGCGCGUUUAUAACAUAAACCGUAGAAAAACCCAUCGGUGUGCUCGUUUGAGUUUCCAACAUUGAAACUAAGUGAUUAAGUGAUUAUUUGUUCAUUAACAUGAGAAUAAAUUGUGGGUAUUAGUAACGGCGAAUCCAGAAUAUAUAUAGUAGAAUACUGGGCCGCAUUUUAUUAAAAAAUUACAAUAACUUUGAAAUAAACGAAUUGAUGUUUU